ACUUUCCAAGCCGCUUGCUUGCUGCUCACUAGCUCUUUCCUCUUGUCUCUGGACAGUUAGCUAGGAUUUAAUGCUCGACGCAGGGGGCCAUAGUCCUUGCGCUGAACAGAAUUGUGGGCAUUUCCUAAUUUCAUUUCCACUUGGAGAUUCGUUUUCUCGGGUGCUUGCUGCUCUAGCUAAGAAUAUGGCGAUGGUAAGGAGAUGCCUUUGCAGAUCCGAGGAAGACCUCAAAGAAGUGCUUAGGACAACAAAUAUCCAGCUUUUCUCCUACAAAGAGAUAAAAAGAGCAACGGACAACUUCGACCACGUUAAGAAGCUAGGCAGAGGUGGCUUCGGAACCGUGUACAAGGGAACCUUUGGAGAUGGCACUGCUUUUGCUGCAAAGGUUCUGUCUUCUGAAUCCGAACAGGGGAUCAGGGAGUUCCUGACCGAGAUAGAGAGCAUCGCUGAAGCCAAGCAUGCCAACCUAGUCAGGCUGCUGGGCUGCUGUGUCCAGAAGCAAAGCAGGAUCCUGAUCUACGAAUACGCCGAGAACAACAGCCUCGAUCAUGCACUGAAAGCUUUAGGUUCAGGCUGUUCAGCGGGUGGAGCAACGGAUCUCACAUGGACCGUAAGAUCGGCGAUCUGCUUAGGCACGGCCAAGGGGCUGAGCUACCUCCAUGAAGAGCACGAGCCAAACAUCGUGCACAGAGACAUCAAGGCGAGCAACGUCCUGCUCGACGGAAGCUAUAGCCCCAAGAUCGGAGACUUCGGCCUGGCUAAGCUGUUCCCGGACAACGUCACUCAUGUCAGCACGCGCGUGGUCGGGACGACUGGAUACCUGGCGCCGGAGUACGUCGUGCACGGGCAGCUGACCAAGAAGGCCGACGUGUACAGCUUCGGGGUCCUGGUGCUCGAGAUCAUCAGCGGACGGAGGGUCUCGCAGUCGAUUCGCUCAGACACCUUCCUCGUGCGACAGGCAUGGCUGUUCUAUGAACAGGGAAGGCCGCUGGACAUCGUGGACGCGAGUAUGAAGGACUACCCGGAGGCGGAGGCACUCCGGUUCGUCAAGGUCGGCCUGGCGUGCACGCAGGCGGCCCCGAGCGGCCGGCCGAUGAUGCGGCAGGUGGUCAAGAUGCUGACGCGCCCCGCCGCGUUCCUUGAGCUGGAGAUGCGCCCCGCCGCGGGCUGGCCCGUGUCAACGAGUAGCGCUAGCAGUAUCACAAAUUCCACCUCCAUCACUUGCACUGAAAUUGUCCCUAGGUAGAUACACCGGACACGUGGGGAGUAUGUAUUGUAGCUUUAGGUUCAGCAUGUUCAGAGGGUGGACCAACAAAUUUCGCAGAUGGCUAACUACUUCAUUUA